UGUUAUUCAGUGUUUGAAGUAGAAUAGUCAGUUCCUACAUGUUCCUCACGCGUCGGUGAGCAUUGUUGUGGGAUUUAUUCUGUCAAAGAAAAUGGAUUAUUGCAGAUGUUCAUUUAACAUGGACAUAGAGGAUAUGUUCCAAAAUUACAGAACUGAACAAAAACUAGUUUGUCAGUCUCCGCAGAAAUGUUCCAGGCAACCAUAUAUUCGUCCCGUGUGGCGGAAAGUUCGAAUUGUUCCGACAAUAUUACUCAUGUUGAUUUUUCACAUUGCGAUUGCUGGUGCGCAGGACAAUUUAGGGGCCGUAAAAAUGAGCUCUAAUGAGGUAGCUCAACUAGAAAACGCCGUUGCUGCAGAGCCUCAGGCUCAAAAUCAGCAGCAGGCUGAGCCUAAUCAGCAGCUACAAGACUUGUCGAAUGUGAAAGAAAUACCGCUUUCUGUCUCCAUUGAUAAAGGAAGUUAUACUUGGGCGUUUUCAGUUCUCGAUUCAUCCAGAGUUUCUACUUUUGUGAUUGCUAUUCUUCUGGUUGUUUAUGGCAGUUUCAGGUCAAUAAACAUGGACCAGAAGCCGAGCAAUCCAGGAAGUAAAUCUAACGAAGGAGGAAGUGGGUCGUCCGUUGUUAAUGAUGUUACUUCGGGAUUCCAAACAAUCGACUCCGCUCAGGCACUAUGUCUUCCUAUCGGAGCCUCUGUCUCUCUUCUUAUUAUGUUUUUCUUUUUUGAUUCAAUGCAACUUGUUUUUGCUAUUUGUACUGCAAUUCUUGCCGCUUCUGCAUUUGCUUUUUUGAUGUUACCAAUGUGUCAGUAUUUCAUGAGACCGUGUGCUCAGAAUAAAAAAAUAUCUUUUGGAUUAUGUGGUCGUUUCACUCCAGCUGAACUACUCUCUCUUGUACUCGCAAUAUUGUUCGUAUCAGUCUGGGUUUUUACUGGGCAUUGGAUUCUAAUGGAUGCUCUUAGUAUGGGACUCUGCGUAUCAAUGAUAGCUUUGUUACGUUUACCAAGCCUCAAAGUCUCGUGUCUUCUGCUGUCCGGUCUGCUAAUUUACGACGUGUUCUGGGUUUUCUUUUCAUCUUAUAUCUUCAGUGCUAAUGUCAUGGUGCAGGUUGCCACAGCUCAAGCUGAUAACCCAGUUGGCGUAGUCGCUCGUAAAUUAAACCUCGGAAUGGGCAAGGAUGCUCCUCAACUAUCAUUACCUGGAAAGUUAGUUUUCCCAAGUUACGGCAGUGAGCAUUUCUCUAUGCUUGGUCUGGGUGAUAUUGUGAUGCCAGGGCUUCUGCUAUGCUUUGUUCUUCGCUAUGACAAUUAUAAAAAACAAAGACUAGAGGGGGAGGGGUAUGUCCCUCUUGCUGCUGGGAAUUUGAUCUACAGAGUGCGGUACUUUCAUUGCACACUUUUGGGAUAUUUUAUCGGCCUCAUCACAGCAACCAUUGCAUCGGAAGUUAACCGAAGCGCUCAGCCAGCCCUUCUGUAUCUUGUGCCAUUUACUCUGUUGCCACUGAUUACAAUGGCUUAUUUAAAAGGAGAUCUGAAGCAAAUGUGGAAUGCACCAUUCAAAGCAGUGACUCAGCGAUUUAUGGAUGUAUGAUGUCAUAUGACACAGCGAUCCUUGGAUUUGUUUGAAGUCUUCAAUAAAUGAUGUCAUAGUUUGUUCUGCAGUAUUCAUUAUGUCAUAUUUGUGAAGGAAGAUUGUCAAAACUGAUAUUAUUUGAUCACAAUUUAUUAGUAUGUCGGUCAAUGAUGUCAUAGAAUAUUAUAAAACAAAAGGAAAUGACUAUCAUCAGAUUUAAAUUUUUGUUUUCAAUUGGAUUUACAGCUAAUUUAUUUUGAAAACAUGGUAUAAAACAAUUACACAAGACAAACACUGAGCGAAACCUUGCUAUAUGCAUCCGCAUUUGACAAUUCUGGUGCGAUAGUGGUAUAAAACAACCUAUGAUCUACUGACAUAAAAACUCCCCCUACCCAAUACUAUCAAUUUCCCCAGUAGUUGAAGUCUUAGACCAGCAUUUCCCAACCAAAGCCCUUGGCCUUCCAAGAGGGAGAGCAUUAUGAGGGGGCCACGAUGCUAGGUGCAAAACUGAUUUUACUUUUCAUUACAAGAAAACCCUGUUCUUCUUAGUUUCAUUGCUUGAUAAGGUUAUUUCACAGGGGGUUUUCACUUUAUAAAGUAUGAAUUGUUUGAUUAUAUUGGGAUUUAGAAUCUACUAAUCAAAAUAACACUCGACCAGGUAUAAACUAAAAGCCUCGGACAUCAUAAGCAAGGUUACCGUCAUCCUAAAAAAGUCUCUUUGAGAAAAUUAAUUUUGUUCUCUGUUACCUUACUUACAUACCCAGUUUUUUUUCCUUUUGCCAAAACUACUUUGUUGGAUCAUAAUGAUCCCUUUAAAUCGCUCAUAAUCAAGUCCUUUGUGUUAUUAUAAUAACCUAUCGUUACUCUUCAAUUGUCAUUACCAUGACAUCACAAUGAACUACAAAUGUACCAUUAUCUUCUUGUUUCUUUCCUUAUUAUUUCUUAUUUUGACCUGUAGUGGUAUUGUGUUGAAUUUAAUAUUUUUUGAGAGAGGCCUAAAAGAUGAUUGUCACUAGAGGGACUAUUGUGCUUCCCCGAUGCCAAUUCACAAAACUUGAGCCGCUGGUUGAACAAUGAGCAAGUUUUCUCAAAGCAAGGUCUUUGGCCCCCAACUCAAAGUGAAAAGAAUACAGCUAAUGACAUUCUCAGAUAUAUUUAUGGGUAAGAAACAAAUGUCCGUAUAUGAUGCAAAACUUUAGCUCUUGGUACUGUAUAGGAGUAUUUCCUGUUGAACAAAAUUUAAAUACAGGGUGUCCAUAAAGUCCCAUUUCAAUCUUGGUAUGAAGUCAGUUCUCAAUUUGUUUUUUAAUCAGUAAUUGUCCAAGUAUUUUUACUUCAUUUAAUACAUCUGUGAGGGCCAAAACGAUAUAUGGUAUCGAUAAAUUCCCCUUGUGCAAUUUUAGGACUUUAUGGACACCCUAUAUUUAGACUUCGAAGUAUAUUCGUCUGAAACAAAUAACUGGUCAACUCUUCCCAUACCUAAUCUGAAUUGGUAAUCGAAUUAAAGGCUCUGGUCAGCCAUCUGAAUAAGCAUCUUCCCUUUCUUCAGAAAUGAAUAUAUAAAUCUCGAACAGACUGUAUUUAUGAAAGUAAAGUGUUCAACUGGUUAUCCGACUGCAACUGAUAAAUGUGCACGACAUAUAUUUUCAAAACUUUACAUGUAUUGACUGAUAUUUUAAUUGAAAUGGAGAUUGAAUGUA